AUGGCGAUCGCGGCGCGCGCCCUGCGCCGGCUCCCGCUCCACCUCGCCCCCGCGCUCGCCCGCCCCUUCUGCGCCGUCUCCCCCGCCGCCGCGGCCCCCGCCCCGGCCGCCGCGUCCGCCAAGGUCGCCGACCGCAUCGUGCGCGUCCUCGCCAUCGACCUCGACGGCGGGCGCCGCGAGGUGGUCGGCCUGGCCGGCCAGACCCUCCUCCGCGCGCUCGUCAACGCGGGGCUCAUCGAGGCGGCCUCCCACCGCCUCGACGACAUCGACGCCUGCUCCGCCGAGUGCGAGGUCCACAUCGCGCAGGAGUGGCUCGAGAAGAUGCCCGCGGCCUCCUACGAGGAGCGCUACGUCCUCACGCGCGCCUCCCGCAACCGGGAGCUCAACAAGCACGCCCGCCUCGGCUGCCAGGUCGUGCUCGGCAAGGAGCACCAGGGGAUGGUCGUCGCCCUCCCCGAGCCCAAGCCCUGGGACAUCCCGUAA